UAAGAAAAAGCGAGAAAACGAAAUUCUCGGACAUAUUAUACGACAGUCGAGUCAUAUAGAGUUAGACAAUAACUCGAGUGAUGACAUCAAUAUGAUUGCCUCCACUUCUUCGGCGAUGUCAUCAAACGUUAAGAAAAGGCUGACAAAGGAUUCAAUGAUGAGAUUAAAGGCUAAAUUCAAUGGUCAAAUUGUUUACACAAAACCUAUCGACCAAAACCCGAUGACAGACGCGGACACCAGGAAUACAUUGAGACCGCAUACCAUUCAACACUUGCUUAAACUCUAUGCCUUAAAACACGAGAAUCUGACAAAAUUCAUGGCUAUAUAUCAGUCGUCCGCCGAUUUGAACCACAAUUUUGUAUUCAUUUGGGAAUUCUGUAGUCGCGGCUCAUUAGGAGAUGUCAUCAAUAAUAUCGAUAUCAAACUCGACUGGACUUUCAAGGCGUCGUUUCUCGGAGACCUGAUUAGGGGUAUGAAAUAUUUGCACAAUUCGCUGAUCCAAACACACGGUUACCUAAACUCGCAGAAUUGUGUGAUCGACAGCCGAUGGCUAUUAAAAGUGACAAACUUUGGUAUAAACCGAUUCCGGGAAUUGCAGUCCCUGGAGAUAAGCGACUCACACGACGCCAAUGAGUUGCUAUGGUUUGCGCCCGAAUUGCUUAGAAAUAAUGACCCCUUUUUGAAGGGCUCUCAAGAGGCGGACGUCUAUAGUUUUGCGAUAAUUAUUCAGGAAAUUGUCGUCAGAGACAAACCGUACUCCACUUACGCCAACCACUUGUCCACAAUGGAUAUCAUCGCCAGAAUUAAG